AUGGCAUCAGGAGCAUUUCGGGGAUUUUUCCCGCUGAGUGCCACGUUGAAGCCAACCGAGCGAUUGAGUACCGUGUAUCUCUCUCCCACAAUUCCGAUUCACGCCCUACGGUCUGCAAUGGGAUCAACGAGAAAUUUGGGGGUUUUGGCAGCAAAGAAGGAUACCGUAUUUGUGGAUGGUCUCAAGAUUGAUGCUAUAACUGGCAGAGACUUCUGGAACCGGCCUGUUCCACAACCGCUAGCUGUUUCCUUAACUCUAGGCGCGGAUCUAAAAGAAGCUGCUGCCACAGACGAUCUCCGUUAUUCUCUGAAUUACGCUGUCGUGUCCAGCAAGGUUCUGGAUCACUUCCGCUCGCAUUCAAAUGUAAAUUUUGGUUCAAUUGAGCGAAUUGCUGAAGAAGCAGUGAGACUGGCACUCGAUGCCUGUGGUACGGAUGUGGCCCGAGUUGGUGUCGAGUCUGAGAAAUCUGAGAUUAGGUGCAGGGCCAUGGAGGUUGAGCUCGAAAGAAGCCUUUCUGAUGGCAAAUUGACGUCUGUGUCUCCAGAUGUAGUGUCAGUUCAUGAUCUACAGUUGUUGACGGUGAUCGGUGUCUUUACGUUUGAACGCUACCAACGGCAAAUCGUGCGGAUCAGCCUCAAAAUGGAGUAUGGAGCUCCUCUCACUUCUAUUAAGGCACGCUAUUUUGAUGCCGUCAAGCAGGUUGUGGACUAUGUGGAAAAUUCCAAUUUCAAGACCGUCGAGGCAUUAGUAUCCAACGUCGCAAGUCUCGUGAUGACAGUGGACCCUAACGUGGACGCUUGCACUGCAGAAGUGACCAAACCCAACGCAAUCCUGGCCUCAGACGGGGUUGGUGUUUCAGUCACGCGUUUGAGGUCUGAAAUUGCACCCGUUAGGGAAAUUGAUACAGCGAACAAAACCAGUGAAACUGGUGCUCACGCUUUUUCAAUCCCCAAUCUCAACAAGUCAACGACUUUCGAUGAAUCCUCAGAUGCAAUCCACAUCGCAUAUUUGGCUUUUGGAUCGAAUCAGGGCAACCAGGUGAAGAAUAUUCAGCAGGCCUUACAAGCUCUGGAAAAACGUGGGGUUGAAGUGCUCAACAGCUCCACUCUAUAUGUUUCAAAACCAAUGUACUAUCUUGAUCAACCAGAUUUUGUCAAUGGAGCAGUCAAGGUCAAAACCACGCUGUCGCCACAUGAACUGCUCCGGACAGUGAAGGCAAUUGAGUAUGAAGAUAUGGGAAGAGUCAAAAAGAUCGAGAAUGGUCCCCGGGCCAUUGAUCUCGACAUUCUUCUUUAUGACGGUACAAUAGUGGACGAUCCAGAUCUCAAGAUCCCCCAUAUUGGAAUUGUUGAUCGGUCUUUUGUACUUGCGCCUCUUUGCGAGCUGGUUGGUCCAGAUGAAAUCCACCCAGUGACGGCUGAGCCCUUUCAUGAUCACUUAGCUCAAAUUUUGAAGAAGGAAGUGGAUCGUUCUGUUCAAACCUCUUCGGACCUUUUGAACGUUGUUCCUAUUCCCCGUCUAGUUGAGAAAUAUGACGGCUCUGGUAAGGGCUCUCUUCAAGGUCUCAGAUUUGACACUUUUGGAAACAGCGGCAAAACGAAGGUGAUGGGCAUUCUCAAUGUUACCCCGGACUCGUUCUCAGAUGGUGGCAGCAACGAUUCUGCAGAAAAGGUUCUAGCGAAAGUUCAAGAAAUGUUUUUAGCUGGGGUGGAGAUCAUUGAUAUUGGAGGAUGUUCCACUCGUCCUGGUUCAGAUCAACCAAGUGAGAAAGAAGAACUGGACCGGGUGAUUCCAGCCGUGAAGCUCAUACGUUCAGAAGCCAAAUACGAUGGGAUCCUAAUCAGCGUGGAUACGUAUCGUUCCCAGGUAGCAAAGCAGAGUCUUGCUGAGGGAGCAGAUAUAAUCAACGAUGUGAGUGGAGGGCUUUUUGACGAGCAAAUGUACUCGGUCGUUGCUGCGGCUGGCGCCCCGUACAUCGUUGGUCAUUUACGCGGUGAUAUUGCGACAAUGGCGAAGCUAAACCAAUAUGGUGAUCUCGUUCAGGAGACUUGUGAUGAGUUGGCAAUACUCGUUGACAGAGCUAUUACGGCUGGAAUCAGAAGAUGGCAGUUGAUGAUCGACCCUGGACUUGGAUUUUCCAAGGCAUCUACUCAGAACCUGGAGAUAAUUCGCCGGACGCCUGAGAUGAAGAAGUAUGGUUCUACAAUUGAGGAUCGGUUCGUGUCUUUUGCCAGGCUGCCUUUUCUACUUGGACCUAGUCGGAAGAAGUUCAUUGGCGAACUAACAGAUGUGAGUGUGGCUAAAGAUCGCGUUGUCGGAUCUGUUGCAGCUGUCAUGGCGUGUAUCAGCUAUGGCUCCGACAUGGUGAGGGUUCAUGAUUUCAAGGAGACGAAGGAGGCAUGUGCAGUAGGAGAUGCUAUUUAUCGGGGUUGA